AUGUUCAAGUGUGCGACUCGUGUUUUCUUAGCCACCAAGACUAUCCCCCUCAACCCACAAAAACCUUUCAAGUUACAUACUGCUGGUCGUGAUGAUUUGCCACCUGUUCCUACAACUGCGACAUACGACCCAGAGCAAAUGAAGGCGGGUCUCGAAAUGAUGUUCCGUAUUCGCCGUAUGGAAUCACUCAGUGAUCAGUCAUACAAACUCAAGAAAAUUCGCGGUUUCUGUCACCUGUACAUUGGACAAGAGGCUAUCCCUGUUGGUAUGGAGAAUGUUCUCACAUUUGACGACCCUAUUGUAACAGGCUACCGCGAUCACGCAUGGUACUUGGCACGUGGUGGUACCCCUCAGGAAGUGUUCGCAGAGAUGUUCGGCAGGGAGAGUGGAUGCUCCAAGGGAAAAGGUGGCAGUAUGCAUAUGUACAAGGUGAAGAAUAACUUCUACGGUGGUAAUGGUAUCGUUGGUGCACAAGUGCCUCUUGGUGCUGGUCUUGCUUGGCGUUACGCAUUGGAAAACCGUGAUAAGCCAUCUAAUGUGGCUGUUACAUUUUACGGUGACGGUGCUGCAAACCAGGGACAAGUGUUUGAGGCGAUGAACUUUGCAGCAUUGCAACGCAUUCCUGUGAUUUUCUGUUGUGAAAACAACCAAUUUGGUAUGGGUACAAGCAAAGAGCGUGCCUCAUAUCAACCUGAAAUGUACCGUCGUGGAGAUUACAUCCCUGGAAUUCGUGUGGAUGGUAUGGAUGUUCUUGCAGUUCAAGAGGGUACACGAUGGGCAAAGGAAUGGUGUCUCUCUGGUAAGGGACCUAUCGUAAUUGAGUUUGACUCAUACCGUUACGUUGGUCACUCCAUGAGUGACCCUGAUAGUCAGUAUCGUACAAAGAGUGACAUUCAAGAAGUUCGUAAGACACGUGAUUGUAUUCACAAAAUGAAAGAUUUCAUGCUUCAGGAGGGACUUAUGACAGAAGAUGAGAUGACAAAACUUGAAAAGGAUGUGAAAAAGGAAGUGGAUAAACAGCUACAGAUGGCGGAAAAGCAGAAGCCAGCACCACUUAGCGAACUCUUCCAAGAUAUUUACACUGGCGAGCAAUACGAACAUCGUACAACACAGGGAACUGUAUAUGCUAAGCCAUGA